UGGUACCUUUUAUUGUGGAUCACCCCUGGACCAAAGACCUAGUACCUUUUGUUGUUGUAAGUUCCUAAUUAGUUUGUUUUUGUAUUUGCAUCAGAGCUAUUCGGAUGUUGAGCGGGGGUCCCUGGAAGGUGAGAACCACUGUUAUGACCAUGAUGAAGCUGUCCAUUUCCUAUGGACAACAAUAUAGGUGGCCUGGCCAUUUGGACAGGCCCGUGUUUAUGUAUUAUCUUGAAAUUGAUGAAGCAGAUCCGGAUGUGCGUCGGAGCUAUCCGGAUGUUGAGCGGGGGUCCCUGGAAGCUUAUUGAGGACAUGCAGAAAGCAAAGGAAGAGAUGGAAAAAUUGAAAGGGGAGGCACAAGCCAACAAGGAUCACAUGCUACAGUAUAAAGAAAUAGCACAAGUGAAUGAAGUUGCAUUGAAGCAAAUUGAAUCUGCUCAUGAAAAAUUCAAGGUUGAGGCUGACAAGCUAAAGAAAUCACUGGAGGAUGAAAUUCAUUUUCUCAACGGAAGGGUUUCAGAACUUGAAAGUGAUCUUGUGUCAAAGUCCACAGAAGUUACAUCUACAGUUUCAGGGAAAGAAGAAGCUUUGUCUUCUGCAUUUACUGAAAUUGACUGUCUGAAGGAAGAAAAUUUUGUAGAAAUGUCUCAGAUAGUGGAAUUGGAAAUUCAGAUAUCUUCUUUGAAGGAAGAUCUUGAAAAGGAGCAUCAACACUGGCAUACUAGCCAGAGCAAUUAUGAAAGACAGGUUUACUCUUAAUUUCUUGUCAUAAUUCUUAUUUCCCAUCUCAUUCAUGUGCAGUGGGAUAUGGAAGAACUUUGUAGGAAGUAUUUGGAGAUGGAGUUGAAGCUAAAGUUCGAACAAGUUCCUUUUUUGUAAUUCUUAUGAUAGGUUGAGCAAAGUGAAGUAUUGUUUAUUUAGAAAUGUGAAUGUGGGAUGCAUUGUAUGAUUUGAUUGUUAUUUGUAAUAAAUGCAUCA